AUGGUUCUCUAUACUGCUGAGAAUUGGGAUAAUUCUGAACAAACUGGUUCCCUUAACUGUCGUGGCUUGGGCAAUUCACGGACAGUUCGUGAAGUUGUGGGCCUUGUGUCCCGUAAGAAGCCUGAUUUUGUAUUUCUUAUGGAAACUAAGGUUGACCGAACGCAUGCUGAGUGUCUUCAUGUCAAACUUGGUUUUGAUGGUCUUUUCUAUGUUGAUCGUGUUGGUUUGAGUGGUGCACUAGCUUUACUGUGGAUAAAGAAUAAUACAGCAAGACUUAUGAGUUUCUCGAGGAAUCAUAUUGAUGUAGAGGUCAGUAUGGAUAGUUUCGCGAACUGGCGAAUGACCUGUUAUUAUGGAUACCCGGAACGCACCAGGCGUACGGAAUCAUGGGAAUUACUAAAAUCAUUGGCACCGCGGUCUGGACUUCAUUGGAUUAUGGUGGGUGACUUUAAUGAUCUCAUGUUCCAGUACGAGAAGAGUGGGGGUAACCCACAUCCGGAUAAUCUCCUUCGCGGUUUUUGGGAGGUUAUUGAACAGUGUGGGCUGACUCAAAUGCCCAUGUGUGGAUAUCAGUUUACAUGGGAAAAAGGAAAGGGCACGGCUGGAUGGAUUGAGAAGAGACUAGAUAAGGUACUUGCUACUGAUGAGUUGUGUGGUAUUGUAAUUGGGGCAAGGGUGUUUAAUUUGCUAACGAGAACAUCUUAUCAUUUUGCUAUUUUCCUAGCAAUUCAAGAUUUUGUGGUGAGGGGAAGGGUGGGAAGGAGGAGGUUCCGUUUUGAUAUGACAUGGCUAUAUGAUGAGGGGUGUAGGGGUGUGGUGGCUAAAUCAUGGGACGAAGGAAGGAACGAGGGCACACCAAGCUGUAUCAUACACUGUGGAAAUCGUUUGGCUCAAUGGGGAGGUGACCGAUAUCAUAAAUUUGGUGAGAAACUUAUCAACCUCCGUAGGGAGCAACUACACUUACGGGGACGCACUGAUCCUACCUCUCUUGCCGAAUUCCAGCGUUUGGAAGAGACACUCACCCGCAUGGAAGCCCAGGAGGAUGUUUACUGGAGACAGAGAGCGAAGCAACACUGGCUCAAGGAUGCUGAUGUUAACACAAAAUUCUACCACAGGUCUCUACCAACAUUUUUGGGAUAUAGUGUGGGGCGGGGGGAUAUUUCGAGUUUUAUAGUGAACUGUCUGAAUUUGCGCUCUUUUCCCUCUGGUUUAAAUGAUACUGAUGUGGUGCUGAUCCUAAAGAAGAAUAACCCUGAGUUGGUCUUAGACCUUAGGCCUAUAGCUCUGAGUAAUGUGAUCUACAGGGUUAUGGCUAAAAUGAUUACCCAAAGGAUGAAACCUAUGAUUGAAAAUAUUAUAUCUGAGUCACAAAGUGCUUUUAUACCUGGAAGGUUAAUCACUGGUAAUAUCCUAAUAGCGGAAGAAGUGGGACAUUAUUUGAAUAGGAAGCAGUGUGGGGCUGUUGGGUGGAGUGCGCUCAAACUAGAUAUGGCUAAGGCCUACGACCGUAUGGAAUGGCCCUUCUUACGAGGAAGGAAUAAGAAAGCAGCUUUUGCUUAUAUUGAAGAUAAGAUCAGGCAGAGAAUUGGAUCUUGGAAUAAAAAAUUCGUUAUUGGUGGGGCUCAGGAACUAAUCAUGGUAUUCACUGGAAGAGCUAGAUAUUAUCCUAAGGACUCCUUUUCUGAAGCAUUUUUAGGAAAUAAUCCUAGCUACUGUUGGCGAAGUAUUAUGGCGGCUAAAGACCUAAUCUGUAGUGGAGUGAGACGACGUAUUGGGAAUGGAAAUUCUACCUUAAUCUGGGGACACCCCUGGCUCUAG